AAAUAGAAUUGGUAAGAACCGCCUACAUGGCAUACACGUAUUGGCUUCUUGUUUCUAUUGGUCGUCUCUCUCUCUCCGUCGGGUUUUUGUUUGUGUGAGAAAUCUCGUUGUCUCUCCUUCUCCAAAUCUAUCCAUAAAAUCAUCUUGAAGCAUCGGUUCCUAGAAUCAAAGCACGGAGAUGUUUCAAGGUAGAGACAGUAUGUGACUUCAAUGAAGAAAAGGGAUUACUUUCUGCUUCUGGGUAUCAUCAUUCUCCUCUUCCUCUCUGGGUCUGUAGGUUCAGCUCCUUCAUCAACUUCACCAGCGAUGCUCCUACUACCUCGGACUCGGAGGAAUGUCUCGCCGCAAUUUCACAUCAAUCACUGGCAAUCCUCUGCAUGAAACAAUCUUCCAUUUAUUGUCAUCUGUGAUUCUUUUGUUUUCACUGCAGAGUCAGGUGUUAAAAAAACUUUGGAUUCCAUGGAUACAUGUGCAAACAUGUUCAUCUUGAGCAUGUCUGGAUAUAUGUGUUACACUUAUUUGGGUAUAUUUUUAUUAGGGAAAUUGCACCCCAUACACUACACUUUUAUCCUAAUUAACCAAACACCCUAAAUCCCACAAUGUUAUACCUUUUUCCAUAGAGACAAAUGAGUCAAAUCAUAGGUAUUUUCAUUUGUUUAGGGUUUUCAACCGAUUGACUCUCUUUAUUAAUCAUUUUCUUUCAGCUCAUCGUUAUUUAUGCACUGGUGAGUCCUUUUCUUCUAUUUUGGAUACAUUCUGAACAUCAAUAGGGAACUCAUAGAGGUCUGGAAAUGUAAUCCUCAUGAAUCGCAACUCCAUGAGUGAGAUCUGUUGCAUUUCUGAGUUUUAGAAUAUUAAGCUUGACUAUUUCCUUUUUAUUAUAAUAGUCUGUUCAUGAUCCUGAACAUUUUGUGCAGGGCCGGUGAUUUUGACUCAAAUGGUUGAACUUCCAUCUCAAGAAAGGUGGCUACAAGAAAACCGUUGGAAACUUUUCUUCAGAUAUGAAGGUAUACUAGAGCUUGACCCGCACGUCCGUGCGGGUAUUUAUUUUUAGUUUUGUAUAAAAUAUUAUUUAAAUGUUUAUUAGUUAAUAUUUUAAUAUUUAUCAUAUUUUAAAAUUUUUAUAAACAUAAUAGUGAAAUAGUGUACAUGUUGGAAAGAAAUUUUGAUUCAUGCGUCAUAUUAAACUUUCGACAAACAUUUAACCAUUGAUGUGUUUGAGUAAUGUUUCUUUUAACACGAAAUCGUUUCCCAACUCUAUAAUAUUUUAAAUAUUUUGAUUAUAUAUGGGUCAUAUGGUGAGAUUUAGAUACAUCAGAAAACACAUAUUCUAUUAUAAACAUUAAAUAUUAUUCUACAAGUAAUUUUAUGAUAUUUAAAACUUUAUAUAGAUAAAUGUAUUGUUGAAAAUAAUUAAUAGUGACUGAAAUGAAUAAAAAUGUAUUUGAGAAAUAUUUGAAAUAUAUAUAUUUUAUGCAACAUUUAGAUAUAUUAUAAAAAAUCCAUAUUAUUCUACAAGUAAAUCAAAAAUAGUUAAACUGUAGCAUAUAUAGAUUUUAUUGUUUAAAAUAAUUAAUAGUAAUGGUUAAACAAAUAUUUAAAAAAAAUUAAAAUACAUAUAUUUUAAGCCUUACAAACUAAAUAUGUGGAAUUUAUAUGAUACUUAGGAAAUAUUAUAUUAUACUAUUAAAAACGUUUUAAAAAUUUGAAUUUUCCUAAAAUUUAGCUAAAUCGUUUAAUGAAAUAUGUUGAUCACAAAUUUUUUACUAAGUUGGAUUUAGGAAAUGAUUUAAUAAAAUAGGAAAAACAAUGAUUAAUUAAAUGUAAGUUUAUCUAAUUUUCAGUGGCAUUGGUUUGUAAAUAUUAUGCAAGUUUAAGGGUUAGUUUAUAUUUGUACUUCUAUUUUAUUAGAUUAGAUGGUUUUCCAAGUACCAACUAGAUUUAUACAUUUCUUUUAUAUUUGUUUAAGAUUUUUAAUUAUAAAUUUGUAUUUCUAUUUUUAAUAUGCUUUUAUGUUAUAUUUGUUUGAAUUUUAUGAAAUCCAAUAAUUUAUAAGUUUUGUGAAAUUUAAAUUUAAUAAUUUAAUUUCAAAAAAAAAAAAAAUUAAGAACCUCAUGCGGGUUCUCCUAAUGGACCUUCUCAGAACAAAUUACAAUAUUAAAGGUUCUAGACUUCGUAAAGUAUACAAUUAACAGUUAAAUUAAUUUUAAGAACCCAUAUAUGUUUUCAAUUAAAAUACAUAUGUUUUCAAUUAAAAUACAUAUGUUUUCAAUUAGACCCGUUGCUACUAUGCACGAACUUUCAUCCUAGCGUCUGCGGAACCCAGAAUUGACAUCGAGUUAAUUAUUGAGAAAAAGAAAAAAAUAUCACUAAAUCAAGUUUUUGUUUUCAAACUAGCACUCAAGGUCAAAAGUCACAAAAAUAUCAUUUAAUGUUUUAUCAAAAGUCACAAACUUAGGGUUUAGAGUUAAAGGGUGGAGUUUAGGAUUUAGGGUUUAGGGUUUAGAGUUUAGGGUUUAGGGUUUAGAGUUUAGUUUUUAGGGUUUAGGGUUUAGGGUUUAGGGUUUAGAGUUGAGAAAUGAGGUUUUGGGGAUAAGAUUUCAAAUUUUGAAAAAGAAAAAAAUUAAAAUUUUCAAAGAAUAAACUUAGAAAUGUGCUAUUUUGGUCAUUUUAGUUUUUGAGUGCUAUUUUUGUGAUAUAAACUUAGAAAUGUGCUAUUUUGGAGAUUUGCCCUUAGUUAUUCUUGGUUUAACCCAAAACUAUCCAACGGUUGACGAUUACGGUUCAAUAAGGGUACAAGGAAUUCAGAAAGACACGUUUUGUCUUAAAAAUUAAAUGUUUAAUUUAUUCCGUCAAGCAGAUUCUUUUUCCUACUUUUUUAAUUUUCAUACAUACAUGCAUACGUAUUAAACAAAACACCAACCAGCUUAUAAAUACCAUUAACCUAGAGAAAACGUGAAGAGGAUCCUCUCUCCAUUAAAUCUUUCUUCAUUCAUUUGCCCAAAAAUCUAAAGAGUACCUGAAUUUUAAUUACUAAAACGUAUAAACCAAUCUUCAAGCACAUAAAAACAUGUCCGAUCACCAGAAAAUUCAUCCGGUGAGCGACCCGGAAGCUCUACCUCCGGCACAUCCAACGGCUCCUCUAGUCCCACGUGGCUCCUCAAGAUCAGAACACGGUGACCCGACCAAAGAAUCUGUGACGCAACCACCACUGUUGGAUACUCCUCGGAGGAAGAAGAGAGGAAGCUGUUGCUGUAGGUGCGUGUGUUACACGCUCCUAGUUAUUUUCCUCCUUAUUGUCAUCGUUGGAGCGGCCGUUGGUAUUCUCUACCUUGUAUUUAGACCGAAGUUACCGGAUUACAAUAUCGACCGGUUACUGCUCACCCGGUUUACGUUUAACCAAGAUUCCAGUUUGUCCACUGCGUUUAACGUCACCAUUACCGCCAAGAAUCCCAACGAGAAAAUUGGAAUCUACUAUGAAGACGGAAGCAGAAUUAGCGUCUUGUACAUGCAAACCAGACUUAGCAAUGGGUCGUUGCCGAAAUUCUACCAAGGACAUGAGAAUACGACUAUUAUAUUCGUAGAAAUGACUGGUUAUACUAGGAAUGCAACCAGUUUAAUGGCGACACUGCAAGAGCAACAACGGUUAACCGAAAGUAUACCGUUGCGGAUUAGAGUUACACAACCGGUUCGGAUCAAACUCGGGAAAUUAAAACUGAUGGAAGUAAAGUUCAUGGUGAGGUGUAGUGUAUCCGUUGAUAGCUUGGCUGCUAACAAUGUGAUCAGGGUUAGAAGUAGUAACUGCAAAUUCAGGUUUAGACUAUAAUUUCAGUUUUUUUCUGAAUUCAAAAUGAUUUAAUUACUAUUUUUAUUGAGAAAUUUGCAUUACAAUAUGGAGGGGUUGAGUUUCAAUUCGUAGUACCUCACCCCACCCCAAAAGACGCUCAUCUCCUUUGCUUUUGUUUUUUUAUAGAGAAUAAACAAUUUUGUUUCACACCUUGUAACCUUGUAAAUAAUUAAUAAAUAAUAUACAUUUUUGUUUGUU